AUGUCAUGCACAGAAUGGCUUUCAUCGGACGAGAUAUUGGUGAAGACCUUGCAAAACUUGCGUCCCGACGAGUUCAAGGAAUGGGACUUGUCCAAGAACCGAUCUGGAAGUGCAGUCUAUGAAGUUGAGCCAAGAACAGCUUACUCGGUACUCCUGGAAGUGGAUAAUGUCGAAUGCUACAAAAACCUGACAUUGUUUGUUCUGUCACAGGUCAAUUUUGGUGUUAAUCCUGUUUAUAUUGGAAAGCAAGCUUUUACUUUCAUUCUUUAAGGUUACUUUGAAUUUUAAUGACUCCGACUAACAUAAAAAUAAAACUUUUUAGCCUUAAUCAUCUUCAACAAAAAGGAUUCCACCACUUCCACUCAUCGUCAAAUGAGGGCUUCAGAAUUAUCGACCAUUCUGAGGACACUCCGUAUUGUCCCAGAUCAACAAUUACUGCUCAUUACACUCAGACGGAGGUGGAUUGUGCAACAAGUUAUUAUAAGGCGAAGAAAGAGCGGCAACUGAUCCACUAUUCAUUGCCCAAAUAUCACAACGUCAGACUUUCACAUUUCACCAUUCCACUCUGCGUUAUGCAAAUCAAUUCGACCGGGUCUGUCGAGAUUACUGGCCAAAAAAUGGGGAAUGGUAUGGCUCUGGAGGUUUAUGAAACCGUGAAUUAUCAAUCUGCUGGCUUCAAAGGAAUGCUUUUCAGGUGAGAAAAUGCGAACCAUUGGGAUUCUGUGUUUAGGCUGAAUGGUUCAACCUCAAUUCCGUUCACAGUAACCAGCAGGACCAAUUCGCUGACUUUGCUGAUUUAUAAAGGCGACCAGUAUGACAUUGUCUAUCGAAGGGUGAAGAAAAAUGGUUAGUACGCAUCCAGCUGCAACUUGUAUUUCUUUUAGGAUGUGAAUGCCCGAAUAAGGUGAUCCAGUUAGGCACCAUCCCUUAUAACGAGCUUUCCGUUGGCUACCCUGUUGAAUACUGCCCAGGUUUCGAUUGCACAACCAAUUUUGUCGCCAAACUUGCUCCAAAAGAUGGCGAGAUUACUGCGAUAAAGUUGCAGUUUAAUGACUUCAAUGUUCCGAGGUCCUAUGUUUAUCUCUCAGUGCUCUCUCAAGGAGUAGAAGUGAUGGUGUAAGCUUACACAAGGCUUCUCUGGGACUCACACAUGAUUUUAGGUUCGAUUCAAGUUCCAUUCAUAAGAUUAAAUCCUCCUACUUAGUGCCGGCCAAUAAGGCGAGUUUGCGUUUUCAUUCACUUGCCCAAAGGCCGGGGAGAGGCUAUAAUGUUACUGUCACGGCCAUAUAUGUUAAACGUGUCUGCUUAUGCCCUAACAUUACAAAUCAAAGGCUGUACUUUCGAGUCCCCCGUCACUGUGAGUAUAUUGAUUGCGUCUUGGAAGUGAAACCCAGCAGCGGAUCAAGACAUGUGAGCAUCCACAUUAGAGACAGCAGUUUCAGGAUUACAACGAUUUGAACGUCUAUGACAAUUCGAUUGCAAAACCUGCAGUUGAAAGGCUGAGUUUGCUACCGCCUUUGUCAUCCUAUCUGUAGGUUUUGCGGUAGUUAAAUUAGACAGCAAAGUUUUAGUACUUCUCUGAGCUUUCGCAAUACGAAAAAGUUUAAUCCCAGCGAAUAUGGGCGCGUUUGGUUUCAUCGGGAAAAAAGCGAAGAUGUUGAUCUUCAAGAGUCCUUGAUCGAUGUUCAAUUUGAAUAUGACAGAGGCAAGAGGCCGAGGAUCUUUUAACGGGCUUUCAGAUGGCCCUUGUCCCCGAGAAAAUUUCACCGCAACCGAGGAAUGGACCACGCUAAUGCCUGUAUAUGGAUGGGGAUAUUACUGGAAUGUUCAUUGUGUUUUCACUGUGAAAUCAGAGCGCGACUCCGCAAUUGAGUUUACCGUACGCAACGUCGGGAGAUCACACACAACGUCAAUUUAUGUAUACGACGGGUUUAACAAGUCAUCAACACUUUAUUCGUGAGAUUGGCCUUUAAAUUUGCCAAUCUUUUUUAGCGCGUUGCUCGACUACACUUCUUACCAUCGCAAGAUCACAAGAAGCACUUCAAACACUGUGACUUUUUCAUUGCACAUAGUCCGUUUUGUGCGACAAGAAGGCUACAUUAUAAAGUUCAGAAGCGUUCCAUCGCCGGAUUCAAAAUGGAUUUGGAUUGUUUUUUGCGCGACAAUUUUUGUGCUGUCAGUUUUGAUAGCUGUAAUCUUCCAAUUUAUCAAAAUAAGGCAAAGGCUCCGAGAAAAUCAAAGGUGAGGGCUUGAAUUUAAUUUUUUGAAUUGAAUUUUCAGCCUGGCAUGUGAAAAUUCAAAUAACGAUGAGGUUUCACAAGCAACGACGGAUUGA